AUGACUUCUUCGAACACAUCAUCUGCAGCUUCCACCCCAGGAUCAUUGAGUCAAGCUCCUGCCGAGAAACCCUCCGCUCCCCCCAUCAAUGUCCUCCCCUCACAGCUUGCGCAAAGUUACUCGCUGGUGUACCCUCUCGUUCUCCUUGGGCUAUGCGCGUGGCGGUUUGAGGCAGUGGUUGAAAGCACCACACGGGAGCUUCUGAGAGAUCUACCCUGGCUUGCGGCCCUUCAAUUCGUCUAUGUUAUAACUUGUCUGCCGCCAGCUGGCAGCUCGUUUGGCGAGGUCACGCCGGGCCCGGAAGACAAGAAGAGAGCUUCACGGUCGUCCACGGGGUCCUCGGCCCCGGUUCGUCCUGGGAAAUCGUCGCAGCGUCGCAAGCCUUCCGCAAAGAUUUCAUGGGCGUCUGUUUGGGCCAGAUUGAUGCCCGCAUUCCUCGCUUUCGGGCUUACUACCCUUCUUGCUACUCCGGCAAUUGCCAUUCUUCUCGUCCUAUUUGGUGCUCCGUUGACGACCCAUAAUGUGGAAACCCUCCUUUGCGCCGCCCACAUGGCCCUCCUGUCCUCCACGCCGCUGAUCUACGUCCAUGGCGUCGACGCCACGGUGUGGAAAGAAGUUUGGGGCAUUGCCCGCCCUGCGGAUAUUGUCUGGGGCAGUGCGCUCGGUACUGGGUUAGGCGCAUGGUUCGGGGCAAUUCCCAUCCCCCUGGACUGGGACCGACCUUGGCAAGCAUUCCCCAUCACAAUUCUGACUGGUGCUUAUAUCGGAUACGCGAUGGGAGGUUUGCUUUCUCGGACCCCAUUUGUCUAUGGAAAGCGAAUCCAGUUCGCUCCUGAACCCGCAGAUGAGGACGAGAAGAAGACAAACUAA